UAUAAGCAUGCAGUAAGUGCUUUGCAGAGUUUUUAGAAUAACAAAUUUUAAUUAACCAUGGAAAAACUAGUCUGUGCCAGCAUGAAGAUCGUCCAGAUGCAGAUGCCGCAGUUAGCGUCCGCGGGAAUCCGUUUGUUGUGUCCAGGCUUGCAGAAUGCACUUCAAGUGCAGCAAGUGCGACAUCGACAGACUAAGCACUGGAAGCCUGAGUUUAAGCGCUUGCGCAGGCAAAAAUUUAUAAAAAUUGAGCUGCCCAACUUGCGUGAGAAGCCGCAAGAUAUAAGCAAGGAGGAAAUGCGUAGCCGUAUGAAAGAACGUGGUGUAUUGCCGCCCCGUCCGUGGAUGGAACGUCCGUUUCACAUAAGCUGCACGGGUGGCAUAUUUGAGGCAUAUGUACCGCCAGAGGGGGAUGGGAAGAAGUCAAUAAUAUCCUCAUCGGGGGCUAAGCAAAAACUUGAAUUUCUUGAAAAGAAAUCAAAAAGUCUUAUGGCUGUACGAAAGAUACGUGCGUACGAGGAGAACUUUAGCAGUGAUGACUUUGGUGUACAGGCCCAAGAAAUCUAUAUAGCAGCGCAUACGCAUAUGGCGGCUAAGGAAAAGUAUAAGAUUCGUGAAUUUGUUAGCGAACGCUGCUAUCCGGAAAUGAUGCACAAUGUCAAGGAUAAGACAAUACAUUGGCGUUUUCUGCAAUCGCUGGAGCCGCCCCGUGUGGUACAUGCGCGCGUCACUGAAGUUAUAACUAAGGAGAAUCAGUUUGCACAGGUCACAGUUCGUUUUCACACUCAACAAAUGCUGGCUAUAUACGAUCGCUUUGGUCGCCUAAUGCACGGCAGCGAGAUUGUUACCAAGGAUGUUUUGGAGUAUGUUGUCUUUGAGAAGCACAUUUCCAAUGAGUACGGCAAAUGGCGGUUGCACGACAAAAUCAUUCCCGAUUGGCUGCCAGCAAAGCAGCCAGCUCCCAUUACGUAUCGCAUCACAGACGAGAUUGUCGAGGAAGCGCCCAACGAGCUUAGCAGCGGCGAGCAGACAAAGCAACUGGAGACUGGCAGCAAUCAGCUAACGGAUAUUAAUAUGAGCAGCUCUCAAACGACGGCAUCAAUACAGCCGCAUACGGAUGGUCCUAAACCGACACCCGCCAUUUGAUUGUACUUUCUGUGGGCUGCC